CCAAUUUCUAAGAAGCAUUGUUAUCGUUGUUGAUUCUUUUUACCUAGAUUAUAUUCACCUGAAAGAUGGAUGACAGCCACAAUUUCGGUGUUAGCCCUUCAAUCUUCCAGCAAUUUACUUGCCCUGAUCAUCGAGAAAUGUACCCACAGACACUGACUCUGGUUUCUGAUGUUCCUGAUGCUCCAAAGGCGGAAGCUUUUCCAAGUGUUGUCAAGUAUUACCAGAAACCCAGGAAGAAAAGAACGAAAUUGGUCAGAGUUGAGGACUUUGGGGUGAAUUCUAAUAAGCCCAAAUGUGCUGCCAGAAAGCCAAACCCUGAUGCCGCCAAAAUCACAGAUCCUUGUUCUGAGUGUGGGAGGAGAUUUCCGUCACAGAAGGCUCUUUUUGGGCAUAUGAGAUGCCACCCUGAACGACAAUGGCGGGGGAUUAAUCCUCCCCUGAAUUUCAGGCCGAAUCAUAAUACUAAUAAUAACCAGGCUUCCUCUUCAGGAACCAAGAAGAAGUUCUUCUCCCACAUUGGGUCCGAGGAUGAUGAUCGCGAGGUUGCCACAAGUUUAUUGAUUUUGGCUAAUGGUCCCAGUGCCUCGGAAUCACCAACUGUUGCCGGAAGUCAAGGAACUCUGGAGACAAACAAUGUCAACGUUGUUGCCGGAAGUGAUGUUGCUGAUGCUGAUGUUGUUGCUGGGCCUUCUUCCAGGAAGGAGGCGGCUUAUGUGUUGGAUUUGAACUUGCCUGCACCAGCUGAAGAUGAUGCUUCUUCCUCCUAUCCUUCAGAAGCUGCAUUGGAAUUGCGAUUGGGACGUUGA